AUGAAUUUUGACUUGAUGCGCCUCACCAUAGCGGCCAACUAUGGACAUGGGUCUAAGAUCACAGGCGAGCGUGUGACGAUGCGACAGGAGUACCUGGAGACGUGGUUAGGGAAACAAGAUGAGCAGUACUUCGAAGAGAUUUCUGAAGAAAUCAACCACGACCGUGGAGAGCGAGGCAUGACCAGCGAUGCUGUGCAAACGUCGAUCGCAGAGUUUUUGGAAGCCCCCCUGAUAAAGCGGCGUGCGCAUUACGCAAAGAACAAAAGCUGGUUCGGCUGCCUCACCUGCUUCAAGAUGCUCUUACGUGACUGGACGGUGUUGCGUGAAGCAGCUCGGGCUGUGGUGGUUGAGUCCGCCGGUAUGGCGCCUUGCCCUGAGAGCACCAGAGCCGAGAAUGGAAUGGCAGGGCUUGUGGGUGGGAUUCAUCACAUGAACUCACAGGGGUGUUGCGAAGCGUGGCACAGUUUGGGGUUCGGGCAGCGGCAGAUUUUGAAAUCGGCAGACGAGGAGGAGCUGCAAGCAGGCGCUGCAGUGGACGAGGCCGAGGACGUAGACGAAGCAGCAGAGGCAGAGGAAGCAGCGGAAGGUGCGCCAGAGAAGCAGAGCAAGUCGGAUUAUUAUGCUGCCUACAAGAGUAAGGGUCCGCACCAGAUGCUGCUGGAUAUACUAUCCGAUGACCGUCUGCGCUGCAGUGCAGAGAUCUUGUGCCGUGUUACCAGGCCAUUGCACAAGCUCUACCAAAGUGAUCUGCAAGCGCAGAAAGAGGGGCUGGAGAAAACUUUGCAAUGGAAUGCAGAGCGCUGUGUUGGAAGCAGUUUGGAAGCCUGCAACCAGAUCCUGACAACCACUUCGAACCCAGCAUUGUACAUGGCCAUGAAGAUGACGCCCCACUGCAACCCGUGUGCCACGCCCGACAUGCUGCCCGAGGAAAUGGAGCUAGCGCAAAAAGCUUUCAGUUUUGCAACCAACUUGGCAGGCAACUUUGCAUGGUCGGAAAUGCUUCACCAAUUUACGUUGCCGCUGGCUGCUGGCUCUCUGUUGCUGGCAGAUCGAGAGAAAGCCCAACGAGCACUUCACAGGAUUGGUGCUAUCAUUGAUGCCGUGGUCAAAGCGGAAGACAUGUUACGGACCAAGCCUGCAUUGGGGCAGUUGUUGCAAGACCUGGCCUUUCAAGAAGAGAGCCUCGCGCGCGAGGUCAUGAUCCGGUUGCGAAGAGCGAAGUACAAGCUUGACGAUCCUGAAGCCCAGACCGUGGUUCGACUCAUGCGAAGCUUUUUCGGGGGCAGCAGCUCCACCAAGGAGAUUUUGGAGAGCUGUUUCGGACAUUUGGCAGAUGUGGUUAGUCGGUCCAACAAGAACAAAUGCACCAGCAGAAUGGGGCUGUGGCUGUAUUGCACCAGCUCUGGUUUCAUCAAAUCAUCAGGAAUGAAGCAGCGCUUGCCAGACCGUUCGGAUUGGCUCAGAUGGCUUGAAAAGUUCGGGAGCGCGAAAGACGAGUGGAUGCAAAAAUUCAACACAGCAUUCAAUGUUGCCGCGACCGCCCUUCCCCAAGCGCAGGACAUGGAGUUUCCCAAGACAGCGGAGGGUGUAGUGAAGACAAAGUGGAGGCUGGCGGGGCCUCUAUCUCACUACAGGAGCGCGGCUGCCGCUUGCUACCUCCUCAAAGAGUCUGACAUUUUCAUGAUCUCGCUCGGAUUCGUUGGAUGGUGCGCGCUUGGCAUGAAGCUGCGGCGGCACAAAGUGGGCCAGCAGGAGUUCUUGUCCGUUGACCCCAACCAUCAGGGAGUGGAGAUGCUGUUCAAUUUUACAGUGUCCGCCGAAAGUUCUGCAUGGAUGUUUGUCGUGCAUGAGGUUCUCCCACCAGCUUGUGUCCCGGACUCCUUGCAUCAGUUGGGGUCCUGCAUACAUGUGAAGUCAAAGGAGGGGAUCCUGCGUGCAGCGGUUCUUCGCCAGCAGAGCAUGAAGUUGACGAAAGAUCAACUGGUCCAGAUAUGCACGUCCCUGCGAGUGCCUUUGCCAGACCCCAAAAAGGGGUCGGGCAAACGAGGAAACCGAAUCAAGAUCGACUUCGUACGAGCGCUUGUGCGCUAUCUUCUUCCGGACAGUCCGGACGAAGUGGAGGAGCGUGUGGCCGCUCUCAUGGGCAAGCAAGCAGCUCGCCUGGAUAUGGGCGUCUUGGCGAUGAUCAGCGAGAUGGACGUUGACAAUGCCGAUUCCUUUAAAGAGCUGAAGAAGCAGGCUAUGCAGCAGUUUGAGGAAGAGGUGUCCAAAACUGGUGAGAAGCGUGCGGUCAAGAGCAUGAAGGAUGCAGAGGCGCGUGCAGAAGCAGAACGGAAGGUAGCAGAGGCUGCCAAGAAGCGUGAGGAGAAGCAGGAACAGCAACAAGCUGCUGAACGCAAGAGGCAGUGGGAGUUGACGCCGCCCGAUCUCAAGAAGCUCCUGCCGGGGGGCGGUGCCAUUACUUCUACCUUCUGGAUGCGAUUCCAGCCCUUGCAGAAGUUUUGGAAGGUUGAAUACCCCAUCGGCUCUUUGACUGAUUACGAUUUCAAGUUUUAG